CAAGUCUUGCCAUGCCAUGAGGGAGGCUGCCAGUCCUAAGGAGCCACCUCAUGGCCCUAGGCAGGGAUGUGAGAUGUAUAAAAGGUGGGCAGGCUCUGAGCAUCCCAAACCCCUGGGCAUCUCCACGCUCCAGUCACUGGCAAACUUGGUUGUGUGUCAACUCAGAAUGUCUCAGCAGAAGCAGAAGCAGUGUGCUCCCCCGCAGCAGUGUGCUCCACCCCAGCAAUGCUGCCCCCCACCUCAGCAAACUAAACAGGCUUGUCAGCCUCCACCCAAGUGCAAGGAACCCUGUGCCCCCAAGUGCCAACAGAAAUGUCCACCCCCUCAACAGUGCCAAAAGUCCAAGCAGAAAUAAGAUCCCAGCAUGUGACCAGAGGCCGAGCCUCCUCGGAAAACAGAGAGCAUGAAGUUCACUGCCCCUCUCUCAAACAGCCAUCUGUCAGCCCCACUCACCCCCAGCUUCUGACUGCAGCCACACUUAGGAAAAGGCAGCACCAGGAUGGCAGCUUCCUCGAUCUCUACCUCUUAUUAAUUAGCAACUGCAAUUUCCACCUCAGACAAUGAUCUGGUGCUGAACUGUCUAAUCAUCUCCACUGACAUGUAUUUACAUUGCUAUGCCUGCUUUUUGGAAGCUUGAGCAGCAUGCUGGACACCUUUCUUAGCACCCUCCAUUUCUGCUCCUGUUUUCCAAACAAUUAAAUGUAGUUCCUCUGGCAA